UGAUGCCGUCUCCUCCCCUUCUGAGCUCGCUCCCGGGCUGCUGCUUUAACUUUGCAACCCUAAACUUUCCUCGCUGCUUUUGCCACUAUGGGAGGAAACAUCACGUAGCGAGCAACAGGAGUCGGAGCGGAGAGAGUUUUGCAGUAGAGUUUUUCUUAAGCAGUGCACGACUUUAUUUCGCUUGCACAAAAAAGUGAGGGGGGGGGAGAGAGAGACAGUCAGUAGCAAAAUUAGCAAAGAAGGCGGAGGAGAAGCGAGGCUCCGUUUCUGCAACAGGAAUCCUCUGUCCCGGGACGACUUCUUUUUAAUUUUGGUUCGCGAUGGGCACGCAGAAGGAGAGGUCGGGAGGCGUCUGCAGCCCGCCGGCAUUCUCCUUGUAACUGGGGACCCGCUUGUCUGCAGAGCCCGGGAGAAAGCUGCGCGCUCCCUGGACCGGGCUGUAACAUGCCAGUGCUGGGGGUGGCCGAGGGGAGCCCCCUGCGCGAACCGGCGCCCCUCUCAUUGGAGCUCCCGCCGCGGAAGAGGCUCCUGCAGCCCGCCGCCCCCGAAGACCGCUGCGGCAGCCGCCCCGCUCCGGAGGGCGCCGGAGCCGCCUCGGGGGGCGAGCUGGGCCACUUCGAGAGAGCGGCCAAAGGAGGAUGGUGCCGAAGCUGCCAAGCCAAGCUGGCCGAGCUCAAGAGGCAAGCGGUGAAACUGGCCUCGGGCUGCAACUCCCUGACCCCGCCGGACCCCCGAUUAUCAGCUUUAAUUUUUGACAAGCUUCAAGUGCCUGAAUACUUACAGAAACCCAGGAGCGAAGGGGAGAGCAGGUGUGAUGUCUGUGCAGCCCACCUGAACCAGCUGAAGCAAGAAGCCCUCCAGGUCAUCCACAGCCUCGACCAGGCCAGCUGCCAAGACCCAGCAGACCCCGCACAAAGUGCCGCGGCAAUGGCUGCUGUGUUGCCAAGGUUGACCUCCCAAAACGUGGUCACCGUGUCCUCUCAGAGGGACGUGUCUCUCAUGGCCGGGCAGGUGGGCAGGCAGCCUGGCAAAACGGCAAGCCUUUUCUCCGGGACGGAGAGGAAGAAGGGAAUUGGAUGGCCGCAAGGGGCAGGCGGGUUCCCAAACUCUAGCGUUCAAGUGACAGUGGCUCCCGGUGGCCUUAGCGGAGCGUUGAGCUCAGUGACGAUCCAGGCUCAGCAGUACCUUGAAGGGAUGUGGAGUAUUUCCAGGGUGAACAGCUUUCUCCCUCAAGCUUGCCUAGAGGCUACAGCAGCAGAGUGCGGAAGGGAAGGCUCCAAUAUUCAAGUCACCUCAGGGCAAAACAACUGUGACCAAACUGGCACCACUGGGCCAUUGGCUUCCCAAAGUCUGGUCGCCCCAGCCGGCGUCUCUGCAGGGACUUCAGCUGCAGCGUCAUUCUUCAUAAGAGCCGCCCAGAAACUUAACCUGUCCUCGAAGAGAAAGAAGCAUCAUGCCCCAUUGCUGCACUCCCAUGAAUUCUCCAUCUACGCCACUAAUUUUAGUGGCAUUCUGCAGAUGUCUCCUCCUCCUGCGCCGCCAUGCCUUUUAAGAGCUGUGUCGAAAGUCAAAGAAAACCCGGGGAUUGGGAAGGUAUUUGAAUCUCUCCAUCGCUUUGUUACUCCUUCAUUAGCGUUUAAAACCCAACAGGAAACGUAAAAAAUUCAAAUGUAU